AUGGGUCUUCGUAACUGGAUUACGCGGCCAAUUAAAGGCCACCAUAUCGGUGUAGAGGAUCUGACAGCAGGCGGGAGCGGCAUUCCUGAGAUAAGGCGUCGGCGAUGGACGCUCGCAACAAUUGAUUCAGCACCCUUCCAGGUCUGGGUAGUAGUAGUCGCUGGCAUCGGCUUCCUAACAGAUGCAUUCGGCCUUUUUGCCUUGAAUGUCGUCACCCCUAUGUUGGGAUAUGUCUACUGGCCUAAUCACGAAGAAGCCGGUAUACCCUCGGUACCGUCCUCUGUCAAGACGGCCAUGAUGUGUUCAACACUUGCGGGCACAAUGGUCGGCCAGAUAGGAUUCGGCUUCGCAGCAGAUGUUCUGGGCCGACGUAAGAUGUAUGGGCUCGAGUUGGUGAUCAUUAUCGUUGGUACGAUGUUACUACUGAUGAGUUCGAACGGGGAAAAGAAUAGUAUGGCGAUUGGAGGAUGGCUAAUCACCUGGCGCGCGAUCAUGGGCAUCGGUAUUGGGGCUGACUACCCUUUGAGUGCUGUCAUCACUGCGGAGUUCGCACCUCGCAAACAUCGUGCGCGAAUGCUGAGCUGGGUUUUCUUCGCUCAACCUGUUGGACAACUGCUCGCCAAUGUUCUGUCGCUUGCUGCAGUGGAGGCGUACAAGCCCUGGGUUGAGAAGAAUGCACAGUCUUGUCGACCUGACGAUCUGGAGUGUUUCCGAGCUAUCGAUCGACUCUGGAGGCUUGUAGUCGGGAUCGGCAUCGUGCCGGCUCUCAUUGCUCUCGUCUUUCGAUUUACAAUCCCAGAGAGCCCAAGAUAUACAUUGGACAUCUUACAAAACACGAAAGUCGAGUUGCUGAAUGUGCCCGCCACACCGCAAAUUCGAAGGCCUGUUUCGAGGCACUCGACGAACUCUUCGGUGAUUGCGCCCGACGAGGAGAUCGAGAGCGAUAGUGAAUCUGAGCACCGACUCAGUAACGUGCAUCUUCGCCCCACCGCAGCACCGCAGGCUCAGCUUCCUCCGGGAGACCCAGAGUUCGCUCCUCCGCUCGCCUCGUGGAUCGAUGCAAAACAAUUCUUCAUAGUCGAGAAGAAUUGGCAGUACCUUCUAGGAACAUCAUUGGCCUGGCUGUUUCUCGAUUUCGCAUUCUACGGGCUAGGCCUAUCCUCACCAGAGAUCGUCAGCCACAUCUGGCAGGGUGAUGUCAAAAGCGAGUUAUCAGUGUACCAGACACUGAGUGAUAACAGCAAACAUACCCUAGUAAUGGUCUCCAUAGGGACAGUUGUCGGUGGUCUGCUGAUGGUCAAGAUCGUCAAGUAUGUGUCGCCGAAAGUGAUCCAAUUCUGGGGUUUCCUGGUUCUAUUCGUACUCUUCAUCGUAACCGGGAGUGCCUGGACAAACUUGCUCGACAGCAGUCGAUCAGGACUGAUCGUACUGUAUGUGAUCAGUCACAUCGCGUUCAAUCUUGGACCGAAUGUGACGACAUUCAUAAUACCUGCUGAGAUCUUCCCCACAAGAUACCGGUGUACCUGCCAUGGGAUAGCUGCUGCUAGCGGCAAACUCGGCUCUUGGGUGGUGCAGAUCUUCCUGGCAUAUGCAUUUCAAUCCGACAAGUCCAAGCCCCAGGAUGACUUCGAAUGGGAACGCCAGAAUUUCGGGCAUAUCCUGCAAGUCAUGAGCGCUUUCAUGGUAGCAGGAGCCGUGACCACGUAUUUCUUGGUCCCAGAGACGAGGGAUCACGAUAAUAAGAGUCGAACACUAGAGGUUUUGGCGUGCGGCAAGAAGGUCAUCGACGAGCUGAACCGUCAGCGAAGGAAGGAAGAUGAAGAGGACUGA